CAAAAAUAGAAAUCUUACUGCAGCACAGUGACAGGAAGUUGAAGCUUUUCUAUUCCACAGCCUGGUGUGCUUAUGUACCAUGAUAAAUCUUUGUUGGAAUGUUCAUUGAAUAUAGUGCCAGCAGUCUGGAAACAUACCUACUAAGAAGGAUCAUUUGAGUAAAAUCAGUCAAGAAAAAACAACUACAUGGAGUAAACCAUACAAAGUGUCUCGCAAGAAAAAAAAAUCAUUUACUGGAUAUCCCGAAGCACAAAAUUUACUCAUACUUUUAAAUACGAUUGUUGAAGAUCAGAACUGUAUACAAAUCUCAUCAUUUCUGACCAUGAUUAGUGUAACCUGGAACAUCUUCCUAAUAUGGACUAAAAUAGGGCUGUUACUGGACAUUGCACCUUACUCUGUCAGUGCCAAACCAUGCCCUUCAGUAUGUCGCUGUGAUGUGGGCUACAUAUAUUGUAAUGACCGCGAUUUGACAUCUAUCCCCACAGGAAUCCCAGAGGAUGCUACUACCCUCUUCCUUCAGAACAAUCAAAUAAAUAAUGCUGGGAUUCCUUCAGAACUGAAGAACUUGCUUAGGGUGGAAAGAAUAUAUUUAUACCACAAUAGCCUAGAUGAAUUCCCUACCAACCUCCCUAAGUAUGUUAAAGAACUGCAUUUGCAGGAAAAUAAUAUAAGGACCAUUACUUAUGAUUCACUUUCACAAAUUCCUUAUUUGGAAGAACUGCAUUUGGAUGAUAAUUCAGUUUCUGCAGUUAGCAUUGAAGAUGGAGCUUUCCGGGACAACAUGUAUCUCAGACUUCUUUUUCUCUCUCGAAAUCACCUUAGCACCAUUCCCUGGGGUUUGCCUAAAACAAUAGAAGAGCUACGCUUGGAUGAUAAUCGUAUUUCCACAAUUUCAGAGCUGUCCCUUCAAGACCUCACAAAUCUAAAACGCCUUGUUUUAGAUGGGAAUCUUCUGAAUAAUCAUGGAUUAGGAGACAAAGUCUUCAUGAAUUUAGUCAAUCUUACAGAACUGUCAUUGGUCCGCAAUUCACUUACAGCUGCACCAGUAAACUUGCCAGGAACAAAUCUAAGAAAGCUUUAUCUGCAAGAAAACCAUAUCAAUCGUGUGCCACCUAAUGCUUUCUCUUACUUAAGGCAAUUGUAUCGACUAGAUAUGUCCAAUAACAAUCUUAGCAAUUUACCUCAGGGUGUCUUUGAUGAUCUGGACAACAUCACUCAAUUGUUUCUUCGCAACAACCCAUGGCACUGUGGGUGCAAAAUGAAAUGGGUACGUGACUGGCUACAAUCAUUACCUUUAAAGGUUAAUGUACGUGGACUGAUGUGUCAGGCACCGGAAAAAGUACGUGGAAUGGCUAUCAAAGACCUCAAUGCAGAACUGUUUGAUUGUAAGGAUGAUGGUACAAUAAGCACCAUCCAAAUCACUACUGCAAUACCAAACACGUUAUAUCCAGCCCAAGGACAUUGGCCAGUUUCUGUGACCAAACAACCAGACAUAAAAACUCCCAAUCUGAAUAAGAACUACAGAACCACAGCAAGCCCAGUACGCAAAAUUAUAACAAUAUUUGUGAAAUCUGUAAGUACAGAGACUAUACAUAUCUCUUGGAAAGUUGCACUACCAAUGACUGCUUUAAGACUGAGUUGGCUCAAGAUGGGUCACAGUCCUGCCUUUGGAUCUAUAACUGAAACAAUAGUUACAGGAGACAGAAAUGACUAUUUACUUACAGCUCUGGAACCCGAAUCACCAUACCGUAUAUGUAUGGUUCCCAUGGAAACCAGUAACACCUAUCUGUCAGAUGAAACUCCCGAAUGCAUCGAGACUGAAACAGCACAUCUUAAAAUGUACAAUCCUACAACAACCCUGAACCGAGAACAAGAGAAAGAACCUUACAAAAAUUCCAGUUUACCUUUGGCUGCCAUUAUAGGAGGUGCUGUGGCUCUAGUAGCUAUAGCAUUGCUGGCAUUAGUUUGCUGGUACGUUCAUAGAAAUGGAUCCUUAUUCUCACGGAACUGUGCGUACAGCAAGGGACGGAGGAGAAAGGAUGACUAUGCUGAAGCAGGAACUAAGAAGGAUAACUCCAUUCUAGAAAUCAGGGAGACUUCUUUUCAGAUGAUACCAAUAAAUAGCGAUCAAGUGUCCAAGGAGGAAUUUGUAAUACAUACCAUAUUCCCACCUAAUGGAAUGAAUCUGUAUAAGAACAGCCACAGUGAAAGCAGUAGUAACAGAAGCUACAGAGACAGUGGUAUUCCAGAUUCAGAUCAUUCACACUCAUGAUACUGAAGGAAAUGAAAGACUGAUUUGAUUUUUUAACAAGAAAAGACUGACUUUAAAGGUUGCUAUUCUACUGCAAAACACUGGAUUGAGAGAACUGACAAAGCAAUGUACUGUACAUUUGCCAUAUAAUUUAUAUUUAAGAACUUUUUAUUAAAAGUUUCAAAUUUCAGGCUACUGCUGCGAUUAAUGUAGUGGGGAUACCUGACCACAAUUCUAUAUUUUAGUAUUUUUUAGUAAUUUGUACUGUAUUUUCCUUGCUAAUAUUGAAGUUACAGACCAUUUAACUUUUGUGUUCUACUGAGUAAGAUGACUUGUUGACUGUGAAAGUGAAUUUUCUUGCCGUGUUGAGCAGUCAGAACGUUCAUCUGAGAUCCUUGUAAGUGUAAGCACAGGUCAUUUUUCACUUUGGUAUUAAUAAAAUAAUGUUAAACUUGGCAAAUCAAGAAGAUUAAGAAGUGGAUAGAAAAACUCACAGAACUAUAAUGUUGGGCCUAUUCAAUCUGUAAACCUCAACAAUAUUCAAUAAACAAAAAUGUGUGUAGUAAUGGGCAAUAUCAGCUGUCUGGAUGUAUCCAUUCAAAAAUGGUGAGAUCCGAUUUAAAAUAUAAUCAUCAAGCCAACUGCAUGCAUGAGACAAGCUCUUAUCGAGUAAAACUGAUACUUGCAAGUAAGUAUAAUGAAAUUCCUAAGAAGGAGUUAAUAAAGAAGAAGAGAAACACACUAGGUUGCACAUACUAAGGAGGUAGAUAUAGUUUAUGGUUAGAUUUCUGGUUACCAAAACUAGUUGCUUAUUACAGAGAAAAUACUGAUGGAUGAUCACAGGCAUUUGGGAGACAAAGGCAAGAGGACUGACAGAAAACACUUAGAAAUAGCUUGGAAUAGAAAAAGUAUGGCAAAUACAGUUCAUAAGAAAAAAAAUGAGGAUAGAAACAGGCAAUACAAGCAAGAUCUCAAAACAAUUUAGUCACAAAGGUAAUCAGACAACAAUAUAGUGUAAAUUCCAACUACGGAAAUAAAGCUAUUUUAAAGCAUAUAUACUAAAAAACAGUAUAGAGAUGUUUAUUAAAAAUGCUGUCAUUACAGUCAGGAAUACUGCCCAUUACUGUCACAAUCUUCCAGAAAAUCCAUAAUAAAUCUGUAAGGUAAAAUGUUUCUUUUUGGCUUCCUACUGAGUAUGAGCUACUUUGUGUUUAAACCCCAAGCCACUCAUUCACUCUUUGUUGCCAUAAUCAUUUGUUUCUUCACCUAGGAACCAAAGUGCAUUGUAUGCCCUUUGGCCAGUCUUGUAUGUGCCUUGAUCCAAUGCUAUGUGUAUCAAGCUUUCUCUUUUUUUUUUAAUCACUUUUUCAUACUUAAAUAUGAGAA